AUGGUUCUCCAUCUAGCAGAAUCGGUGGUUCUGGAAUGGAGCCGGGAUCAAUACCAUGUUUUGUUUGAUUCCUACAGAGACAAUAUCGCUGGGAAAUCCUUUCAGAAUCGGCUUUGUCUGCCCAUGCCAAUCGAUGUGGUUUACACCUGGGUAAAUGGCACAGACCUUGAACUGCUGAAGGAACUACAGCAGGUCCGAGAGCAAAUGGAGGAAGAGCAGAAAGCUAUGAGGGAAAUCCUUGGAAAGAACACAACAGAACCAACAAAGAAGAGUGAGAAGCAGCUGGAAUGUCUGCUGACACACUGCAUUAAAGUGCCCAUGCUUGUUCUGGACCCACCCUUGCCAGCCAACAGCACCCUGAAAGACCUGCCGUCUCUUUAUCCGUCUUUUCAUGCUGCCAGUGACAUGUUCAAUGUUGCAAAACCAAAAAAUCCUUCUACAAAUGUGUCAGUUGUUGUUUUUGACAGCACUAAGGAUGUUGAAGAUGCCCAUGCUGGACUAUUUAAGGGAAGCAGCAAACAGACAGUUUGGAGAGCCUACUUGACAACAGACAAAGAAGUCCCUGGCUUAGUGCUGAUGCAAGACUUGGCCUUCCUGAGUGGAUUCCCACCGACAUUCAAGGAGACAAGUCAGCUGAAGACAAAACUGCCAGAGACUCUUUCUUCUAAAAUAAAACUGUUGCAGUUGUAUUCGGAGGCCAGUGUUGCUCUUCUAAAAUUGAAUAACCCCAAAGGUUUCCAAGAGCUAAACAAGCAAACCAAGAAGAACAUGACCAUCAAUGGGAAAGAGCUGACCAUCAGCCCUGCGUAUCUGUUGUGGGACCUGAGUGCAAUCAGUCAGUCCAAGCAGGAUGAAGAUGUGUCUGCCAGCCGUUUUGAAGAUAACGAAGAGCUGAGAUACUCAUUGCGAUCUAUCGAAAGACAUGCACCAUGGGUUCGGAAUAUUUUCAUUGUCACCAACGGGCAGAUUCCUUCCUGGCUGAACCUUGACAACCCUCGAGUGACGAUAGUAACCCACCAGGACAUUUUCCGGAAUUUGAGCCACUUGCCCACUUUCAGUUCACCUGCUAUUGAAAGUCACAUUCAUCGCAUCGAGGGGCUGUCACAGAAGUUCAUUUAUCUAAAUGAUGACGUUAUGUUUGGUAAGGAUGUUUGGCCAGAUGAUUUUUACAGUCACUCCAAAGGUCAAAAGGUUUAUUUGACAUGGCCUGUGCCCAAUUGUGCUGAGGGCUGCCCGGGCUCCUGGAUUAAAGAUGGCUACUGUGACAAGGCCUGUAACAAUUCAGCCUGUGACUGGGAUGGUGGUGAUUGCUCCGGUAACAGUGGAGGGAGUCGCUAUGUCGCAGGAGGUGGGGGUACCGGGAAUAUUGGAGUUGGACAGCCCUGGCAGUUCGGUGGAGGAAUAAAUAGUGUCUCUUACUGUAACCAAGGGUGUGCGAAUUCCUGGCUCGCCGAUAAGUUCUGUGACCAAGCCUGCAACGUCUUGUCCUGUGGAUUUGAUGCUGGUGACUGUGGACAAGAUCAUUUUCAUGAAUUGUAUAAAGUAACUCUUCUCCCAAACCAGACUCACUAUGUUAUCCCCAAAGGUGAACACCUGUCUUAUUUCAGCUUUGCAAAAAUAGCCAAAAGAGGAAUCGAAGGUGCCUACAGUGACAAUCCAAUAAUCCGACAUGCAUCCAUUGCAAACAAGUGGAAAACCAUACACCUCAUACUACACAGUGGAAUGAAUGCAACCAUGAUAUACUUUAAUCUCACACUCCAAAAUGCAAAUGAUCAAGAGUUCAAAAUCCAGAUAACGGUAGAGGUGGACACAAGGGAGGUGCCAAAGCUAAAUUCUACAACUCAGAAGGCCUAUGAAAAUGUGGUUAGCCCAGUGACACCUCUUCCCCAAGCUGAAAUCUCUUUUGAAGAUGUUCCCAAAGGGAAACGCUUCCCCAAGGUCAGGAAACAUGACAUAAACACAACAGGGAGAUUCCAAGAGGAGGUAAAAAUCCCCCUGGUAAAUAUUUCACUCCUUCCAAAAGAGGCCCAAGUGAGACUGAGCAAGUUGGAUCUGCAAUUGGAACUUGGAGACAUCACUCUAAAAGGAUACAAUUUAUCCAAGUCAGCCCUGCUGAAGUCUUUCCUGGGGAACUCAGCAGAUAGUAAAGUAAAACCUCCAGCCAGAAAGAUGGACCAAACAAAUGACAAUUUGGAGGUCCCACAGGAAAAGCUCUCUCAUGGAAGCCCAGGUGACGUUGUUGCUGGUCAGAGAUCAGAGACAUGGAUGUCCCCAGUGGGGACAGUGAACUCGAAUGGCCGUGACCAUGAUUUAAAUCCACCUCCAGUCUUGGAGGCUGAUGCAAGACCUACUUUGGAAACUCAGACCCAACAUGCACUAGGCAUGAGUGCACCCAAAGAAGAGCUCAAAGGGAAUGAAGAGGAAAGAGGCAGAGUGGAGGGCAAAGCUGACAAUCACAUAGCUGUAAAUGAGGUAGUGCCUGGAAGGAGGCUGCAGCACUACACAGAGAGUUACCCAGGCUUUUUGCCCUGGGAGAAAAAAAAAUAUUUCCAAGACCUUCUUGAUGAGGAAGAGUCAUUGAAGACACAAUUGGCAUACUUUACUGAUAGCAAACAUACCGGGCGGCAAUUAAAAGAUACGUUUGCAGACUCCCUCCGAUACGUCAAUAAAAUUCUAAACAGCAAGUUUGGAUUCACAUCCAGGAAAGUCCCUGCACAUAUGCCACAUAUGAUUGACAGAAUUGUUAUGCAAGAACUACAAGAUAUGUUCCCUGAAGAAUUUGACAAGACAUCAUUUCACAAGGUGCGCCACUCUGAGGACAUGCAGUUUGCCUUCUCAUAUUUCUAUUAUCUCAUGAGUGCAGUUCAGCCCCUGAAUAUUUCUCAAGUAUUUGAUGAAGUAGAUACAGACCAAUCUGGUGUCUUGUCUGAUAGAGAAAUCCGAACACUGGCUACCAGGAUUCAUGAUCUGCCUUUAAGCUUGCAGGAUUUGACAGGUUUGGAACACAUGUUAAUAAACUGCUCAAAAAUGCUUCCUGCUAAUAUCACUCAACUGAACAAUAUCCCACCAACUCAGGAAGCAUACUACGAUCCCAAUCUGCCACCAGUCACUAAAAGUCUUGUCACCAACUGUAAACCAGUAACUGACAAAAUCCAUAAAGCGUAUAAAGACAAGAACAAAUAUAGGUUUGAAAUAAUGGGAGAAGAAGAAAUCGCUUUUAAAAUGAUUCGUACCAAUGUUUCUCAUGUGGUUGGCCAGUUGGAUGACAUAAGAAAAAACCCCAGGAAGUUUGUUUGUCUGAAUGACAACAUUGACCACAAUCAUAAAGAUGCCCAGACAGUGAAGGCCGUGCUCAGGGACUUCUAUGAAUCCAUGUUUCCCAUACCUUCCCAGUUUGAGCUGCCAAGAGAGUAUCGGAACCGUUUUCUUCAUAUGCAUGAGCUGCAGGAAUGGAGGGCAUACCGAGACAAGUUGAAGUUUUGGACCCAUUGCGUACUAGCAACAUUGAUUAUAUUUACUAUAUUCUCAUUUUUUGCUGAACAGAUAAUUGCCCUUAAGCGGAAGAUAUUUCCCCGGAGGAGGAUACACAAGGAAGCUAGUCCAGAUCGAAUCAGGGUGUAGAAGACCUUCAUUUGAAAAUCACCUACCUCAGCGUCUUCUGAACAUCUCACACCUUACCAUCACAGGGUUGUCACCAUGAUGUGACACACAGACACAGGGGUGUCCCCGAGAUGUGACGCACAGACAAAGGGAUGUCCUCAUGAUGAGACAGACAGCCUGCUUGGAAGAAGGGACAGCGUGCAGACAUGUUCUUCUGCAGCAUGAAGAGCCUACUGCCCUGGAAUUAAUCAGCACACUGGGAACCUGUGCUGACAGCUGUACAGCUUGUACUUUUAAAGGAUUUGCCGAAGGACCUGUCAGCUUUUGAUGAACCCUCACUGACAGGCUGCCGGUUUCCUACCACCAUCACUGCAGCCUAAGAAGCCAGGCCAGCCUGGGAGCAAAUGCUGAGGGACCCCAGGCUUUGCAUUCCAAAGGCCACCAGCAUAAUUUUUCAUUUCCUCUUCCUUUUCUCCAUUGCUCAUUUUUGAAAAUAAGUAGCUACUAAGCUAGUUAUUCUCUCUUCUGAAAAUAACGAAUCAGGAUGCCCAAACUUGUUUGUGUAGAUCUUAUUUAAAUAAUGUAGAAGUAUCACUUCCUUUUAGCACAUCUAAAUUAUUGACUUUAUUAACAUUCAGGUGGUCUCCAAACAUGUUUGUGUAGAUCUUCUUUAAAUAAUGUAGAAGUAUCACUUCCUUUUUGCAUAUCUAAAUUAUCGACUUUAUUAACAUUCAAGUGGUCUUGAAUCACUAAUAGCUACUGAAGAGCUCGGGACUGUUGCUGCAGUACUUUGUUUGACUCAGUCCUCUAGGAUACUGUGAUUUCGUCAGCAGGCCUAAUUGCAAAGGGCUAGUAUCAAAUACCAAUGCUAAUCACCAGAUGUAAUUAUGUCUUGGAAAUGUAUAUACUCAAACAAAAGUGCCUCACUUCAGAAAUGAGGAGUGCUGGGAGCACCAGCUCAGGACUGUGGUGUGCAGGUGAAAAUCCACCGUAUCUUCCAACAGCUCACUCUCAGCUUGCUUUGUCAGAGCAGCAGUCAGCCACUUUUUCUAUAAAAGAACAGAGAGUAAAUAACUUGAGACACAUCUGUCUUUGUCACACAGGUUUCUUUGCUUAAUAUUUUUGUUUUGGGGUGUUUUAUUUUUUUCAACAACCCAAUAAAAAGAUGAAAACCAGCUUUAGGUUGCAGCUAUAAAAAAACAAGCCCCAGCCAGACUUCACCCAAGACUGUUGUUGGCAGACCGGAGAACCAGCCUCAUUUUUACAUAUGAUAAACAAACCCUGACAUCAGCCAUGCUCUGUUAUAUCAUCAUACAGUGGUUUUGUGGAGACGUGAUUCCAUGAAUCCGUUUUGAAUUCUGACAGAUAUCUUUGAUCGUGAUUUCAAUAGUAUUCUUCCCAAAUGGCACACAUUUUUGUAAAGAGAACUUGAAAUGUAAAUACUGAGUUUGUGCUGUAAAUUUUGUGUAUUUCAAAAACUGAAGUCUCAUAAAAAAGAUCACAUUUAUUGA